UUAAUGGCAAAAAUCCGUCACUUUAAGUGGACAAAAAUUUUAGAGUGGGUCAAUGGAACCAAAUUUGCAUAAUAAUAACUUUUAUGGUGCAAGUUUAUUUUGUUGCCAUCAUAAUCGCAAAAAUGGCAUUCUUAUUGUGUAAUCAUAUUUGCAAUUUGACCCGAUUUUCAGUUUCCAGUAAUCCCUCCGUUCUUGCUCUCCGUCUGCAAUGAAUUCUGGUUGCCAAAACCCAACCGUGUAUUUUUGUCCAUCUCGUCAUCCCCUUCAAAAGAUUCUCAGCAUAACGCAAAAAUUCCUGUUCUGGUUAGGGUUUUCAUUAAAACCCCCAUUUUCUCUACCGGAAAGGAGGGGCUGAGAAUUGUGAAAACAAAGGGUUUUUGCUGCCUUUUUUUUUUGUCCUAAAUUAAUUUCAUGAACUGCAAGAGCUCUCUCUAUAGAUUCUGUCCUGACCUUUCAUGACCUGCAAAUGGAUUUUCCUAAUUCAAGCGUGUUAUUUGCGGGCGGCAAAUCUUCGUUCUUGGUAGCCCUGGCAGCAUCCAUUUCCUGUUUCUUUUUCGCGGGUGCUGUUGUUUUCCGGAUAGGGAAAUCAGUGAAAAACUCUGAAUCAAAAAAUGGAAUUCCCCGUCAGUGUGAGGAAAUGGCUCUGAGAUUAAAUGGCGGGGCGGAGGAGAGCCAGGCGGGGAUGUCGAUGAUGGAACAGUUGGUGCCGGAGAUCACAUCUUAUGCCCUCACUUAUUUGGAUUAUCAGAGCCUCUGCUGCCUCGCGAUCACAAGUUCGUUCAUGAGGAAAGCCGCCAAUGAUGACAAUGCUUGGAAGGCAGUCUACCUUAAGCUUCUCAUUUUCCCUACAUUUUUCUUGGACUCUGUUUACAGUUACAAUGAAGUUAUAGAGAGUUGGCAGGUAGUUUUGAGGUGGGAGCAUGUGGCUAAUUUCCAGGUUGGAAAAGUGCGGAUUCGCGUGUUAUCAGAUGUGGCGUGGGUUACCAUGUCAGUCUACAUCGACUUUGCACCCGGCCCAUUUAACGUGACUAACGUGUAUGAGUUUCAUAAUGGGAGAUGGUGCAUGGUGCACCAUCACACCACUGCAUUGCUCAUUCAUGGUGGAGGUUAA